UAUCCGGACAGACUCAUAUGUAAAAACUACGUUGUUAUCUCCAAUAAAAAACAAUUUUAUGCUGUAAAGUUGCGUAUUAUUUUCCUAAUGCACUGAAUAUGUAAGUAUCGAACGUGCGUGCCCUUCAGAACCAGAGUCGUCGUCUAUCCUAGAUCUGAAACGCGAAGUCAAGUCGAGCUUGUGAGCUGUGUCUCUGCACAUUUUCCCUUAUGGAUGUCCAUGCCUCUGCCACUAGUCCACAACUACCACUCCACUGCACCAUCAAGUAAGAACUGCCUGAAGUGCAACACCACUCGGGGCAGCAGCCAGCAGCCAUGCAAGGUGGCCACGCGUUGCGCGCCGUGGGAGAUGUUUUCUUCCCCACGAUCGCGGCCGUCGUGGAGCUGUCGCUCCGGGCAUGGCGGCAGGUCAGGACCGAGCUCCUCGUGCCGCUGCUCAGAGCCGCGGUGGUGGCGUGCACGGUCAUGUCGGUGAUCGUGCUCGCGGAGAAGGUGUUCCUGGGGACGGUGAGCUCCGUGAUGAAGGUGCUCCGCCGGAGACCGGGGAGGAUGUACAAGAGCGACCCCAUUGUGCAGCAGGAUGAGGAGGCUGGCUCCACGGCCUUCCCCAUGGUGCUCGUCCAGAUCCCCAUGUGCAACGAGAAGGAGGUGUACAAGCUAUCGAUAGGCGCAGCUUGCAGGCUCACAUGGCCGGCAGAUCGAUUAAUAGUGCAGGUCCUGGACGACUCCACUGACCUCAUCAUCAAGGAGCUGGUGAAGAGCGAGUGCGAGAAGUGGGCCGAGGAGGGGAUCAACAUCAAGUACGACACGCGCAAGGACAGGGCCGGGUACAAGGCCGGCAACCUCAAGGAAGGGAUGCGGCACGCCUACGUGCGGGGCUGCGAGUUCGUCGCCAUGUUCGACGCCGACUUCCAGCCGGCGCCGGACUUCCUAGUCAGGACCGUCCCGUUCCUCGUCCAUGACCCCAACCUCGCGCUCGUGCAGACCCGCUGGAAGUUCGUGAAUGCUAACGACUGCUUGCUGACGAGAAUGCAAGAGAUGUCCAUGGACUACCAUUUCAAGGUGGAGCAGGAAGCCGGCUCCUCGCUCUGCAACUUCUUCGGCUACAAUGGAACUGCUGGAGUAUGGAGAACACAAGCGAUUGUCGAAUCCGGUGGUUGGGAGGAUCGAACUACUGCUGAGGAUAUGGACUUGGCACUGAGAGCUGGGCUCCUGGGCUGGGAAUUUGUUUACGUUGGCAGCAUAAAGGUUAAGAGUGAGCUGCCGAGCACUUUGAAGGCGUACCGGUCCCAGCAGCAUCGCUGGUCAUGCGGACCUGCAGUCCUGUUCAAGAAAAUGUUCUGGGAAAUUCUUGCCGCUAAGAAAGUAUCGGCCUUCAAAAAGUUCUACAUGAUCUAUGACUUCUUCAUUGCCAGGCGGAUCGUAUCGACCUUCUUCACAUUCUUCUUUUUCAGCGUGCUAAUCCCUAUGAACUUUCUAUUCCCAGAAACGCAGAUUCCUACGUGGGAACUUAUCUAUAUCCCCACAGCUAUCACUCUUCUCAGUUCUGUUGGGACUCCAAGGUCAAUCCAUCUGAUUAUACUGUGGGUCUUAUUUGAGAAUGUGAUGGCACUGCAUCGGUUUAAAGCCAUAUUGAUCGGAUUUUUCGAAGCGGGAAGAGCUAAUGAAUGGAUUGUCACACAAAAGCUGGGGAGUAUACAUAAGCUCAAAUCCAUUGUACGUGUUACAACGAACCGUCGUUUCAAAGACAGGUUCCACUGCCUUGAGAUAUUUAUUGGCAUGUUCCUUCUGGUGUCUGCAUGCUAUGACUACUUAUACAGAGAUGAUUAUUUUUACAUCUUCGUUCUACCUCAAUCGAUCAUGUAUUUUGCAGUUGGGUUUGAAUUCCUAGGUGUCAGUGUCAGCAGUUAGAUCAAGGCUGCCCAUUUCCAAGAUGCAGUCCAAAAAAGGUCGCAUAUUAAGAUGGUUCAUUUGAGGCCCCUGACGAUUGUUAAUGGAAAAAAAACCCAACUCUGGUGCAAUGAAGUAGAGAUGUCACAUGCUGCAAGUAAGGAUAAGCAUAAGGGAGAUAGAGAUGAAUCUAAAGUGAUCAAGAGACUAGUGUGUAUCAUCUAUUAACCCCGUUGAUGCACAAAAAUGCGUCUUUAGCGAAGAGUUGUGUUCGCAUGAUCACAUUUUGUUGACAGGUUUAUAUAAAGCGCAAAUAUCA